CACGGAACGCCAUUACCUUCCCACCGAGAUGUUAGGAGAGAUAUGGAGUGACCAUCUACAGCCCACAUGGCAGACACCUUCAUUCUUCCAUUGAUUUUUCUGUGAUCAAACUUAAUUAUUCGUGGAGGAGGGUACAUGCACAUGUGAACAAGAUGAAAUACACUUAGAGGAACAAGAUGAAAGGUAAUAACAUCGUGUCCAGUUGAGCCCUGAGGAAAUGCCAGUCCAGAUCGCCUUGUUUUUCUGCCCACCACCCUUUCCAUUAUAAAGCAUAUAAAGACUACAGUGCAAGUACCAUAUGCCUCACCAGCAAGGAUGAAGGUGAUUCUGCUGCAGCUGCUCUCUGUGGCUUCUUUUCUACCUUACCAGCUCAUAGUUGAUGGUGGCCAUGUUGAGAGAGUAAUAGGUGUGAGGGACGGAAGCGGACAGUGUAUUUGCAGCAUGGAAAUAGCUCACACCUACUUCCCUGCACGCAGUGUGGAGCGACUGCAGAGCGACUACUACAACCUGACUAAUUAUCUGCAGGACCAGCUGAACAUGAUUUACAACAACCAGGCACGUUUGUCUACCACUAAAACAAACCUGACGGAUUUGAAUGUACGCGUGAAAUACGUGAAGGCAUUUGGCACCCAUGUUGACCUGAACUUUCAGAGGCUAAUCAGUGAUAUUCACACCGUGGUGUCUUUGGCACACAAUAUAAGCAAGAAUGCAACGACAGAUGCCACUAAGGAAAUGAUCAGUGAUUUGAUCACAAAGAUCAAUACGAUGCACACUGUAGUAACAACAAUGGAAAAAUCUGACAAGAACAACAUAAUUACAGCACAACGUGAGAUCAUGGCUCUCCGGCAAAAGCUACAGGAAUGUGAGGAAGCAAUUGCUCUUUCCUCGGGUACUCCUGCUGUGUCAGGUCCAUCAUCCAUUGGUAAAUGUGACCAUGAUGGGCUGCUGAAGGUUGGUAAUCCACAGCUUGUGAAGCUCAACUGGAAGGGUAUGAAGUUCAAAGCAGGAUCCUGGGGAAAAGAUUUUGCUCUGGGGACUAAAUUUAAGGACUAUUAUUGGGUUUUCCCAAUGAACCAAGAUGAGCGUACUUUGGAGAAGUACCGCCUAUAUGCCUCAUUUAAGAAAUUGCUCCUUUAUACUCCCAUACGGGAGUACACCCUUAAUAUUAAUUCACAAACAGUGUGUGAUGGCUGUGGACAAGGGGCAGGAGUGGUUUUCUUCAAUGGCACCUUUUUUUACAACUGUUUGGAUAGUAGAGCCCUAUGCAAGGCAGACCCAUUUAGUAUGCGGAUUUCACGUGAAGAUUUGGAAGACCCAGAUCCUGCCUCUUUCAAUAACUGGUUCUCCUAUCAGGGUGUCAAAUAUCAAGACAUAGAUCUGGCUGGGGAUGAAAAAGGUCUAUGGAUGAUUUAUGCAACUACAAUGAGCAAUGGAAAACUAGUCAUUAAGAAAAUAGACCCUGAAACCUUGGAAGUGGGAACACCUUGGAUUACUUCACAGACUAAGGAUAGUCUCAGCAAUAGCUUUAUGAUCUGUGGCGUCUUGUAUGGCACCAAGAGAAAAAAUUCAACCCAUGAUGAGAUCCAUUACAUGUACGACACCAGUAAUUCUCGGGAACGCAACAUCCAGAUUCUUAUAGAAAAACCUCUUCCUACUGUGCAGAGUUUGAAUUAUAACCCCAAUGACCAGAAACUCUACAUGUUCAACGAUGGCUACCUGGUUUUUUACGAUGUCACCUUCAGAGCUCCCACAGCAAAAAGAGACGGAGAGCUUGUUGUGACUGAGAAACAUCAGGAUUCUGCUGCUGAAGAACAGACUGGGAGUAGGGAAGAACAAUCAAGUUCAGUCAGUGAUCAGCAGGAAGAUCUGACAAGUGGAGAAGGAAGCAGGGCUAAUGAUGAUGAAAACCCUUCUGCUCUUCCCGUUGUAAGAAGAUAGGCAAUGGAACCAAGGGGCCAUCUUGUUUUUAGUCAGUAAAACUAUAAGCAGCACACUUUACUUUGCUUUACAGUGUUUCACAAGAGAAGGAAGAUGCAGGGAGUAGAGGUAGACUGGUGAUGAUGAUGACAACAAUAUAAUGAUGUGUUUAGUGAGACAGAGAAAUCUCUUUCCCAGGAUCUAGUGGAGUGCUGACACAAAUGGAAUUUCCCCUUUAAGUAGAACUGGAGGGGACUAGCCAGCUCCCUGCUACAGCCACCUGCGUAUCCCCCAAAUUCUGAGAAGCUCCCCAGAGCUCUUCUUUGGGCUGCACAAAAAUGCUGUCACUGGGGGGGAAAAAAGAAGGAAAGGACCUACUGUGUUACUGGUGGUCUCUUCACAUGACAUUGCACCUACGUUUCUGCAAAGAAUAUUAUUGGGUCCAUGAGCAUUGCUCACAACUUGAAAUGGUACAUUUAAUGGGAGAAAUUAAGUGCCACAUGUUGUGUCUCCAUAUUUAUAAAUCUGGUGUAUAGCGUUCCCAUCAAGUUACAUUUGUCACUAGUGUGCU